GCCCGGUGCCUCCGCCCGCGAGCUCAGUCCGCCUCUCGCGCUCGCUAGAACCGCCCGCCACGGUCCGCACCGCUCUACGGCGAUUCCGCGAAACCGGCUCCACUUAACCCUUCACCCACCCCUGUGACAAACCCAGUGCAUCUGUGAUAGUGACAUUUGUGACAGGAACGCUUCAACACCAGCCCCGUUGGAUGAGAAUGCCGCGGCAAGGAGUAACAAGCGCGGGGUGAGGUGACGCGGGGGCGCCAUGAGCGCUCCGGAGCCGUUCGUGCUUCAAGCGCUGCAGGGCUUCGUGCACGGCAGCGAGAAGUGGCCGGGGCCUCGCGCUGUUAAGAUAUUUGUGGCCUCCGCUUACAAUGAUUUCCGCGAGGAGAGACGCCAGAUCCUCGAGCUGGUGGGGCCGGAGUUGCAGUCCACGUACGAUGAUCGAUACAUCGAAUUCGAGUUUGUGGACAUGCACUACGGCACCGAUGGCGGCGACGAGACCAAUCCGAAGCUGCUUCGGUACCACCUCGACGAGAUCCGCUGUUGCAAUCACACCUCCAAAGCCGGAUACUUUUUCUGCCUCAUCGGUGGAGACGCGGCAUCCUACCAGCCAGUGCUGCCCUACUCCAUCCCCGAAGCCAAGUUCGAGGAGCUGGUCAAGUCCGAGUCGGCGCAGGCGGCGCUCGUCCGGGCUUGCUACCGACUCAAUGGGGAUGGAGCGUACCAUUUGGAGGGCGACGAUAAGUGGUACAGCAAUCUUCUAGAACGUGAAGAGCAGCGGAGCCGUCUAGCAGAAGUGCAGAAAGCGUUCAACUCUCUAGCGCUUGAAGCGCUUGCCGAGGAUGUUGACGUCGCUGACCUGCUGCGGAGUCCGGUUGAAUUACAGUGUGAAUUGGCCUUAGAAUUGUUAACUACUGGCAACCAUCCAAAGGGCGUCAUAGUGGUGUUUAGAGACAUGCCGGAGCCCGAGGCAGAAGACUCUAAGAUCGCAGUGCUAGCUCACAACAGGCUCAAAGAACUGAAGAAGAAGCUGGAAGAUGCCUUACCUGAAAGCCAUGUCAUCAGGCUUGAGUCUGUGUCAGCGGAGUCGUCUCGGACAGACGCGGCAUCAGACACGGAGGAGAAGCUCAGCCCUUUCAGGGAACAGGUUCAGGCUGUGGUGUGCUCGCUGGUCGAUGACAGCCUUAGCACGGAGCCUGACCAGGGCAAGGGAAGGAAAAAAACUGUACAGGAAGUAUUUCUGGAACACAUCACUCAUCUUAGGAUAUGUAUAGAACAUAAUCGGUUGUAUAAAGUUACUGUUAAACAAAUCGAGGAUGCGGCGGAAAGUAUACUAAGUAACGCUAAGGAAAACUACGAGAAUCGGAAUCGGCAUCCCCCGGUCCUGAUUUACGGCCCGGACGCUUCCGGGAAGAGCACAUUACUAACCCAUCUCUACUUCAAGUUCGAGGAAAUAUUUAAAAAGCCAGUGCUGAGGGUUGUGAGGUUUUCCGCGUCAACGCCACGAUCGGCCUACAAUUUGGAGUUGUUGCGAGUGAUGUGCCAGCAGAUAUCUAUUAUUCUAAACAUUCCCGAGGGGUAUUUGCCGAAGGACGCGAGUUUUGAUCCCUUGUACAUAAACAAUUGGUUCCAAAGUCUGUUGAAGCGGUGCGAGGAUAUGCAGAACGAGGUUCUGUUGAUAUUCAUCGACAAUGUACAUAGAGUUAAUCCUCUGGAAUGUGAUAUAGUGACGGGGCUGUCGUGGCUGCCGAUGUCGUUGCCUCGGAACGUUCAUCUUGUGUGCACAAGCGCAGUGUCGCUGGAUCAGUUGCAGCUGACGCCGGCUCAGAAGGAGAAGUUCAAAGUUCAGAACUGUUACUACUUAUUGGACGCGAUCGAGGAGACUCCGGCCAACAAUAGCUACGGCGAUUAUAUCGAUGGUGCCUUUGAUAACUUAGAAGCCGUCUUCGGCUCUAAAGCGUUUAGUAAAUUAGCAAGAAAAUCCACUGAUGAAGCCGUUCACGAGCUCACUGAUUGUAUUGUUCGGGGUUUGGACGGUGGGAGAAAGUGUCUUGCUAUAUUUUUAGAUUUAGCUAAGGCAUUCGACACAGUCUCGGUUCCACUUCUGAUAGAAAAGCUGGAAAGUAUGGGUAUCAGAAAUAUUCAAUUAAAUCUGUUUAAAAGCUACCUCACUGGAAGAAAACAGUGUGUUCGUAUUGGAGACUUCACCAGUGACGAGGAAACAGUCCAAACAGUGACGAUAUCGUAUCUGCGCUGUAUAUUGGAGCACGUACGGUGCUACAUACUAGACAGGGACGUGGAGCUAGUAUACGGAGCUGUGAGGAAGUCAAGUGACAUCCUGACCCGAGACCCUAUGCAGCUCGGAGCUCAGAUAAUAGCAUGGCUUCGACCAGCAGUCGCCAGAAGGGGAGUCCUCGCUACGCUGGUCACAUCUGCGAUGGCGUGGUGCGAUGGCUACGACAAACCUCUUUUAGUGCCUUUGAAUGGAUGGUUGCAACCGCCAAUCGCUUCCACAGUCCGAGUGGUCUCGGUCGGGGGUUCGACUCCUGGUGCUGGCGCCAGGUUGCUACAGUUAGCUCCGUCUGGGCAGCAUUUAGUACUGGCUCCGUCUUCGGGGGACCCGCAGCUAUGGCAUGUCAUGUCAAACUCCAGGGUCCAUACUUUCAAAGGUCACUCAGGGAGGAUCCUCUGCAUGUGCGUGACGCGGGAAUCCCAGUACCUCCUCACGGGGUCUGAAGACACCAGCGUCAUCGUGUGGGACUUACACACGUUAGCAGUCAAGACUAAGAUUUUGGAACACAUAGCGCCAGUGCUAUGUGUAGCAGCAAUCGUGAACCGAUCACUGGUGAUCAGCGGUGGCGAAGACUCAGCGGUCAUCGUCACCUCCCUAGUGGACGGAGCAUUGGUCACAAAGAUCGAUCACCACCGAGGGCCGGUUACCGCGGUAAAAGUGAUUCAAGACGGGGAGAUUCUGGUAACGGGAUCUCAAGAUGGGACGGUGUGUACGUGGAAUGUGGAUAACUUCACGUUGCUCAGCACGGUCACUGCAGGAGUGCCCAUACAUGCGAUGGAAGUGACUGAUGACAACGUGUUCCUCAUAACGCUGCAGGGAGAGAACGAACUGCACUUGAGGACAUUUAUUACUGGGACCUACUUGCAUGUGCUGAAAAGACAUAAAGCUAAGAUAAAAUGCUUCUGCGUGGCUCAUGACUCUUCCCGGGCGGCUGUCGGUUGUGCUGACCAGCGCAUCUACGUGUACAGCCUGCACAGUGGCACGCUGCUGCGCACUUUAGCAGCUGCGCAUGAUUUAGCAGCUCUGGCUAUUGCUGACAAAGACCACUUCUUGUUGGCUGCUGGCAGCAACAGGGUGACAAUAUAUUCAUUCCACACAGAAGAUAAUUUGACCAACUUCAGGCCAACAAAACAGUUGAAGAGGAGACAAACAAAAUCCACAACAAAUGUUACUCUAUUACAGGCAGAACAAAGCGAGCUAAUACCAAUCAGCUGCUUAGAAGUGUCCCGGGAUGGUCAGCUGGCCGUCAGCGGCUGCGCCCGCGGCUUGGUCCGCGUUUGGCAACUGUCUACCCACAGGCUACAAGCCACCCUUAGCGGACACAUGGGCCAUAUAACUUGCGUGUGCUUUUCACCAAACAACCUGAUAGUGCUGAGCGGGUCCGAAGACAGGACUGUGGUUGUGUGGCAGUUGGCGGACAACUCGCCGUCUUUAACGUACAAGGGCCAUUCAGCAGCUCUCCAAUCCUUGCUGAUGAUGUCGGACGGUCGCCGGGCCAUGUCUGGCGACAGGGCACGCAAUGUCAACGUGUGGCUGGUCGACUCUGGAAUAGUCCUGCAUUCAACGCAAGGGCCUAGUGCGAGCCUGGAUGUUACGUUGAAUAUGAAGUUUGCGGUUUUAUCAGACGGUGACAAUUCAGUUCGCAUCUGGGGAUUAGCCGGUGGAGACAGUAGUGAGGAGAGGCGUGCCGUGUCGCACGCUGAACGGAUAACCUGCUUCGCGCUAACGGCUGACUCGCAGCACGUGGUCACUGGUUCUAUGGAUAUGUCGCUGAAGGUGUGGAAACUGGAUGGAGGGAAGCUGUCUCAGGUCCUAGUUGGCCACUCGGAUAUAGUCACUUGCGUGGCGGUGUCCAUCACCAACAAGACGCAAGUGGUCUCCGGAUCCUGGGACUGCAACCUGAUCGUGUGGGACAUCAACACUGGCUCGGACUUGCAUCUGCUGUCGGGACAUCUGGGAAAAGUCACUUGUGUGAAAGUGACUGGCGACGGGACUAUAGCUGUUUCAGGUGCUGAAGACAAGACUCUCAUAAUUUGGGAGACGAAACGGGGACUGGCUCUGACGUCGCUGGCGUUGCACGUCCCCUUGCUGGGUUUCCAAAUUACCAGCGACUGCUCGCGGAUCGUCGUACAUUUACUGGACAGAGGUUGCCUCCCCAUUAUUUGCUUACACAAUACGCCGGCCACAUACGUCAAGAUACCGACUUACGCCGCCCCGACUAAAGACGUGGAUGAACUUCGUCCACUGGCUCCAAAGAGGCCUAUGAGGAGGCUGUUGAAGAAGGAAGUUUCUCUGGACACGUACACGUGGCAGAAGAAAUACGGACACCUCACCUCCGCUGCCAUGAUGGCGCAGGUCGAUGAACGCUUAAAACGAAGGUUUUCGGUAUCAGCUUCCAUGGAAGAAAUAUCAAAAAUACAAGAAGCUAAGGCUAAGGAUCUUGGGUCUCAGGUGAGCUUAGGCCCCGAAGAAGCGGCCAUCGCUCAGUCCCAGCACUUUGAUCAAUUAGAAGCGCUGUGGAACAAAAUAUCUCCUCCGAGGCGGCGCUCUAACAAGUCUCUAUCAAAACAGAGCUCCUUGAUCGAGCGUUUUGACUCUUCUGACGAGGAGCACACGCCGGUUGAAGAACAAGGUAAAUUAUUUAAGCAUAGUGAUUGCUAAAGUUUUGUAAUUAGGUAUUAAACGAACAAGGUUCAAGUAAUAAGGUAGUAAAAUGAUUUUACAAAAGGCGACAAAGAAUAGAUAGUAAUAGACAGAGUUCGUGAAUAUUUAAGUUGUGUUAAAACUGUUAGAUAGAAGUUGAAGUAUUGUAGAUGCGUUAAAGGCUUAGUAGAAUAUAAUUACAACACUAUUUCGUCUUUCCACAGAACACAUGGUGGAAUGAAGAAAUCAUCGAUAAAGAUUUUUCGAAUAAUUAUUAAUUAAAAUCAACGUUCUAUUGACCUCAUUAGUUUAAGUUGAUUAUUCUAGUUUAAUGAGCGGGUCUCAAUUAAUUUCCACUGCUAAGCGUUUAGGUAUUCGUUAAUGAUUAAUUUUUUCAAAAUAAGUUCAUUUUGAUAGUACAUUUUCGUGUUGUGAUCGAUUUGCUUUAGUAUUAUUUUAAUAAUCUAAAUUAUUUUAUUUUUGAAACAAAUGUUAGUGAUAUAAGUGAAUAGUUUCAACGACUUUUAGCGAAAUUGUGCGUACGAUAGAGAAGUUUGUGGUAUUUAUAGUUGAACUUCGAAGAUUUGUAAAGAUACUAUGGUAAAUUAAUCUUAGAAUUCCAGCCUCUACGCAAUGUGAUCUUCUAGAUGUAGCUUCUAUAUUUUCAGGGCCAGUUUUUAUUAUACUAAAGCUUCUCAGCAAUAUACUUUAAUUUUUAACGAUAAUAAACUGCUUUGAUUAAACUUUUGUUAAAAAUUAAAAAUACAUUAAGUAAUAUACAAAAGAGAAAAUACAUCAAAAUAUAAGUACUAAACACUUGUAAUAAGUCUUGUGUCAAACGAAAUUCAUUAAUACGCACUUAUAAAAUUAAUAACUUCAAUCUUAUGACUUCUAAUGACAAUAGAUUUUACCUAAUAGGUAUAUUUAACUCCUGAUCGAUUUAUGAAAGGUGUAUCAGUGUGAUUGAUCUGAGAUCAAACUUUAUUUAUGUUUUAGAACUGGUCCUAGUGUAGGAAUACAUGUCGCUAAAAUUCGAUAGUCGUACUUAUAUUAUAAUAUAUUUAAAAUAACCUUGAGUAAGUAUAUCUUAAUUCCGAUUAUAUAUUUUAUUUUUUUAAAUUGUGUCUUCUGUAUUUUUUUCAAUCUAUUAUCUUUUGCGGGUAGUAGAAGAUCAGAAUAAGAAGCGUCCAUCCCAUAUUCUCAGAAAAUGUACCUACUAUAAUUUUAUUUUUAAAGUACUUUUAUCUGGCGAAUCGUUGAAUUGAAAAAGACAAAAUACUCGUAUUGAAAAUGCUUUUUUUUUUUACUUUUUUUACUGAUGUAUCUGAUGAAUAGGCGAAUGAUGUUUUUUAUUCCGAUCUUAGGCAGAGAUUAAAAUCUGAAAUUUUAAUUUUAUAUAAUUAAAAUAUGACUAGCUUAGACAUAGUUUACAUUAGGUUAAUGUUUACCUAAAACUUCAAUUAAAUUAACAUUAAUUGGUGGAAAUUGUGUCUUAUUAACUUUGCAGCUAAUUUCGUCAGAUAACUUUAUCGGUAGAUUGAGUUUGACAAUUUGACAGAUGUUACAGAUAAUAUAUUUCAUUUAGGGCUGAUUUUUCAAUCGUCAGAUAUCUUUCUGAAGAAUAACCUUGUCAUGUCGACAUAUUAUCCAUACUAGAAAUACUGUCAAUGUGCCAAACUUAUUCUUCAGUUAUCUAUAAGUUAGGACGACGAUUUGAAAAUCCCUAAAAGACUUUAGUCUUCGGAUAAGUUAUCUGGCGAUUGAAAGGUCUAAUUAAGUCCAAUGAAUUUUUUUCAGUUUUAUUUUGCAAUUAUAAUAUGUCUUCAUAACAUAACUUAAACUUACAUUUUAUUUACAGCCUUAUUCGUAUAUAUUUUAGACAUAAUCUCCCUGAUCAAUGUAUGUCUAGUGUUUUCCAAACUGUGAUCCCCUAUAAAGACUUCUAUGUAAGGACUCAUAAUAAUCAAUAGUAUCCUUAUAGUUAAGAGUAAGUGUAAUGUAAGAGUUAAUUUCAUCUACUUUUAUAUGACCCUUUUUACAAGGGCUUUCGAACAUUUCUUUAAAACCAAAACAUGUAUUUGACUAAAAGAGAUAAUUUAAUAAAGAGUACCCAAAAUAAUUCUAUUAAAAUUUUAAUGAAACGUUAAUCGGCUUUAUAAUUUUAAAGGUUAUUAGUCAUGUUAAAUUAGAUAUAUUAGAAGAAACUUGCUUCAUAACCAAAGAAUAAACAAAAAACCCAAUGCAAUAUCCCAAAGUAAGCUCACGAAAAAAUUUAAAAGAUUAUAGAUUGUUUUAAUAUGUAGAAUGUUUAAAUUAAAUGUUGGUAUUAGAUGUUAAAUUAGAAAACGCAAUAAUAUUUCAUAAGUAGAUGCACUAACUUGUAGUUAAGUCUUUAGGCAGCUGAAUUCUCGUCGUGUAAGGUUUUGACUUGUGGCACUACAUCAGUAUAACCAACACGCUUAGACCUUCAUUUUUGAAUAGUUGCAAGCAAUCGAAAGACGUAAGGGAAUUCGGUGUACGAAUAUGAGAGCGAAAUUUUCAAUAUAAUACUUCGAAAACAUAAAUAACAAUAAUAAGACUUGAUUUUGUGUUAUUUAAAAACUAACCAUCAUAAUCAAAAUGGUAACUUUA